GCGGUCAGGAUCGUAUUAAAAUUUUAACAUGUCCACUUAAGUUGUGCACACUUUGUGAAUCUAUGAAAAUGAAUGCACACGCGCACUGUUUGUUGUUAUUACAUGACAUUUAGAAGCCCGUUAUCACAUUACAUGUUUAGUAUCUUUGUUUCUUCAAUCUCAUCCGUCAAAAACAACCCUAAUUUGUCACCCCCCCUAUAAUCUCUCUUCCUUAAUUCCCCAGGCCAACACAACAACAACAAUUUGUCAAUUUCAUUCAUUAUUCAUUACAUGCACAUUUCCUAUAUACCCAUCUGGUUCUGUUCUGUUUCUGUUUUUUUAUAUUUAAUGAUACCAAGAUCAUUAGGCCUUAUGAUCCUCUGAUCCUCAACAUUGGUGAUUAAGAUAUAACAUAAUGGCUUCGCCCGAGGAGCCACGGAAAGAGGGUGGUGGAGGUGAGAGUGGAGGCUCAGCUGAUGAGAAAGGUGGUGGAGGUGAUGCCAAUGCCAAUGUCAGGCCUUUUGAGUAUUAUGGAUGGGUUUAUCAUUUGGCCGGGCAUAAGAUUGAGUUUUUUCGACGUCGAUUCCUUUGGAUUCGAGGCACUUAUCUGCAGAUGUUCAAGCGUGAUCCUCAUCAACAUCCCGGCAUUAAACCGAUAAGGAGAGGUUAUGUAGGACACAAGGUAAUGGUGGAGGAGUUAGGAAGUCGAAAAGUUAACCAUGAAGAUGUUUAUGUUCUUAGGUUCUACAAUCGGCUGGAUCAGUCAAAAAGGGGAGAAAUUGCUUGUCCUACACCUGAAGAAGCACAAAAAUGGAUGGAGGCAUUCCAUCGUGCAAAGCAACAGGUUGAGUAUGACCUUUCGAAUGGCGGUAGUGCCAGAAAGAAUCUGAAUGAGGAGGCAGAGAUUGAUCUGCAAAGGCAUCGACGAAGGGUCGGGAGGUAUGCGCGUGGUUUGAAAAAGCUGAUAAAGAGAGGGCAAGGUCAAGAUAUGCGACAUUCCCGCGAACUUUGCAGAAGACCUACAGGGGAAUUUGACGGAGAUGCUGGGGAUGCUAUUGAAGCGCAUGAAUGGAAAUGUGUCCGCACAUUUAAUGGUGUCAGAAUCUUUGAGGACGUAGCAGGGCAUAAGAAUGGUAAAGGUGUACUUGUCAAGGCUGUUGGUGUUAUUGAUGCAAGUGCUGAUACUGUUUUUGAAGUGGUUUUAAACCUUGAUCGAGAAAAGAGAUACGAGUGGGAUAUAUUGACAGGGGACCUGGAGUUGGUUGAUUCUCUAAAUGGACAUUAUGAUAUAGUCUAUGGCACAUAUGACCCGCGCUAUCUAACUAGGUGGACGUCAAAGAGAGAUUUUGUCUUCUCUAGGCAAUGGUUUCGUGGACAAGAUGGAACAUAUACAAUUUUGCACUUCCCAACUGUGCAUAAGAAGCGUCCUCCAAAAUCUGGUUAUCGACGUACAAAAAUCAACCCUUCUACUUGGGAAAUCAGAAAUAUAAACUCAUCGUCUGUUCAUCCGAGAUGUCUUGCGACACAAAUGCUAGAGAUAAAUGCUGAAGGCUGGUUCGGGUGGAAGAAUAAUCAAAGCUCGAAGUUUGAAAAAUCUGUGCCUCAUGCAUUGUUGUGCCAAGUUUCAGGUCUCAGGGCAUACAUUGGAGCAGCAUCUGCAGAUGAAGCAAAUAAAGCAAGUGGCAAGCUUGUCAAUGGAGAAGGAAAUGAUCAAUUUUAUGAUGCUAUUGGUACUGAUUCAUCAUCAACAUCAUCAGAUGAUAGUGACAAUGAGGAGAAUAAAGAGAAUAUAAAGACUGAUUUAUGGGCAAGAGCAAAAUCAUCUCUAAGGAGAACUUUAGUUAGGGAAUUUUGUACAGGUGCAGAUCCAAUUGCUCUUGAUCCUCAUGACUUUCAAGGUUCCAUGCGCCUUGGGACUAAUGACGCUGACAGAGACUGCUGGACAUCUCCCAAUGGCUCUGGAUUUGUAAUCAGAGGGAAGACAUAUCUGAAAGAUAAUGCCAAGAUAGCAGGAGGAGAUCCUCUUCUUAAGCUUAUAGCAGUUGACUGGCUCAAGAUCGAUAAUCCCAUCAGUAACAUUGCAUUGCAUUCCAGUUCUCUUGUUCAGUCAGAAGCUGGAAAAAGACUUCCAUUCAUCUUCGUACUUAACCUUCAGGUUCCUGCUAAGCCAAACUACAGUCUGGUUCUUUACUAUGCAGCUGAAAGACCUGUAAAGGAAAACUCUUUGCUGGGUCGAUUUAUUGAUGGGACUGACACGUUCCGAGAUUCAAGAUUUAAACUGAUUCCAAGUAUACAAGAGGGAUAUUGGAUGGUCAAGCGUGCCGUUGGGACAAAAGCUUGUUUGUUGGGAAAAGCAGUAACUUGCAAGUACUCGAGACAUGACAAUUUUCUGGAGAUCGAUGUAGAUAUUGGCUCAUCAUCCGUAGCAAGGAGCGUCAUCGGCCUUGUCCUAGGAUAUGUAACAAGUCUAGUUGUUGAUCUUGCAAUCUUGAUAGAGGGAAAGGAAGAGGAAGAAUUGCCUGAAUACAUUCUCGGCACUGUGAGGCUUAAUCGUGUUAGACUUGAGUCUGCUGUACCUCUUAAGGAUUGAGGUUAGAAUGAUAGAUAAAUAUAAACUCAAUUGUAUUAGUCCGUCUGCUCACCUAGAGCUCUAUUAGAUACAAUCCAUUUUACGGGUAGUAUGCGUCAACGAUUGUUUAUAUAUUGCCUGAAUAUGUAAUGUGUAAUUUAUAUAUGUAAAUAGGAAACAAAGCAUAUAUAUCAGGAGGGACUAGGGAGCCUUUAUUCUUUAACUUCUCGCAAUUUUUCUUGCGCUUGGGUGUCGAAAGGAUCUUUCAGAGAUUUUAUCAGAGACCGAUUUUUACAAGGAAUUCAACCUUACCAAGACUUUCACUUCUGUACACAGACUAAAAGAUUUCAUGUUUAAUGCUUCCAUGUCAAUAACAUCAAAUGGUCUAUUUUUCGUUCUCUGAGAGCAACUCCAACCCAACACCAUAACACCAUUUUGGUGUUAUACUUGGUGUCAAAUUCACUCCAACCCAACACCAAAUUGGUGUAAACUUGACCCCAAAUGAAUUGGUUGACACCAAAUUUGGUGUCAAGUAUUGAUUUGGCGCAACUUUUACACCAAAUUUGGAGUUUUUCAAAAUACCUACUAUACCCUCACAUAUGUUAAUGAAAACAAAAU